AUGGCCAAUCACGAUGAUGACCCGUAUGAAGGAGAUUAUUAUGUUGAAGAUGAACCAGUAGAACCAUACUCACCAGUGCACAUUCAGGACCCCCGCACUUUGCCGAACAACCCACCCCCGGUUGUAGUCAGUAACACGGAGCUCCUUAGUGCCCUCCACCGGAUGGAACAAAGUCAAGCAAGGUACGAUGCAAGGUUGGAUACCAUGGAGUCCGUACUCGAAGAACUCGUCCCCAGACACUCGCGUCAUUCCAAAAGCCAUGGUAGGAGAGGACGUAGACGUUUCAGACGUCCAACCCCCCGAAUGUUGGAAUACGGAGAUGCGCCUCCCAACGCUAACCUCCCACCAGGAGCCAUAAUAAGCCAGGGAGUCUAUGACGUAAACGGCGCGCCCCUGGACGUGACCACACCUCCCGCACAAACAGGAGGGACGGGACAAGAGACGGUCAACCAAAACGCAGACACCCGACCCCUGGCUGAAAGAUUAGGUAUCACCCCGGACAGCCUGGCUAUGAUUGUGCGAAUGGCAGAGCAGGAGCAGGGGAGGCCCCCCCAGGAAAACGGCGCGCCCCUACGUCCUCAAGGGAACGACGCGCCUCCAGAGGCAAGACGAGAAACAGGAACGGGCAGAACAUACCGAGGAGUACGAGGAAGGGGAGGAGGCCUCAUACCAAACUCAAGGGGAAGGCGUCGAGGGGGACCCUUGAUAGAAUACCUCCCUUCGCAAAGUGACUCGAGCCAACACACUCCGCACCCAAGAACCACGGGAAGGACGCGUCCCCUUGGCAAUCAAGGAGACGCGCCUCCCCAAGGACCGCCUACUGCAAAUCAACAGACCACGUCACCUCCAAUCAUAACUACUGUCAAUCAGCAGACCACGUCACCCCCAAUCAUGACUACUGCUAAUCAACAAGCCACGUCGACUCCGCCCAUUCCUACUCUGCAGGCUGCAGCAAACCAUUCCUGUGUCCACCACUUCCCCGACGCAAACGCUCACCCAAAUCGUCCAACCAACCGCUACCCAAACUCUAGCCAACAACGUGCUUCAGACCACGGUGGCCAACACAAACCUAGCAACUGCUACCCCUCCGGUAAACACCCAGACCAUCCCAGGAGUCGGAACAAUCAACCCCGAAGACCUGAAGAAGUUACUAGCCCUUCUGCAAGCCAGCGCUGCCACGACGGCGCCACAGAUCUCGUCACCAUUUACCGCAGCAGUCCGCGAAGCCCAACUACCAACCGGUUUCAGAAACCUGAAUGCAGAUCUCCGCUAUCACGGGAAUGCCGACCCCCGCGAAUUCCUGAUCAGAUUCAACAUUGA